AUGGAUAGUGACACAGAAGACCAAGUCAGUGUCUUUUCGGAUAGUUUCGAUGAUUUAAUUGACAUCGAUGAAUUUGACGGAAAUCCCAAUGAUUUAACCCUGAUUUUCUUCGGGCAAUCUCUUACAAAAGCGUGUGAAAUAUCAUUUGGCCAAUCACUAAUCGAAGAGCGUCGUCCUAUUCUGGUUUAUAUUUACAAUGAGGGAUCUAUUCUGUUAAACGAAAGUUUUCGCAAAUCGAUAUGCUAUUCAGAAAAUAUAUGGAGGUACUUAAACAUGAACUAUAUCGUUUGGCCGUGGAAGUUUACUUGCGAAACAGCUGAAAUACUAGAAAUGAUUUGGCGAAAUUUGUUUUCUGUUUCCUUCUUCGAAACGUUCUCAAUCGAACAAUUUCCUUUACUUAUUGGAAUUACGCGCCUAUUUGAAUAUAGAACAGAUAGCACGAUAACAUCUGAAUACCAAUUUAAAGUAUUAGCUGCGAAUAACACACUGGUGAACAGGAACAUAGCAGUAGACUCGGAUAACCUAUUCAAUGAGCUGCAUCAGUUUCGAGAAUAUUGCGAUCAAAUUGAAAAAGAUUUGGCAUUCAAUUUCGUUGAAACAACUCGUCUUUGUUGGGAUAUUGUUUAUGAGAUAGCUCAAUAUCUUCCAUUGAACGACGCGAUUUCCGCCUUCUCGAUUAAUGUUCUUCAUUUACUAAACAAAUCGAAAUCAUUCAAGUUCCAACUUUCAAAUCUAAACGAUCCAAUUAUCGCAAAAAUUCUUUCCAAAAUCCCGCAUGACAAAUCUGUGUCCUUAUAUUUCGACGGAAGGGAAACUGUUUCAGAAAAUUGUUUGACUCGCAUAGCACGCCUUAGAGAAAUCAAUUCAAUCACGUUAUCCGCUGCAUCCAAAUAUGAAGAUCAAAUCGAAGUCUAUAAAAGAAAUUUUCCGAAACUAACUCGUCUUUCACUUUACUUUGAUAACGAGCUGAGUUAUGAUAAAUUCUAUGAUCUGUUCGAUUUACUUGGACCAGGUAUUCAACGAUUCGAAGUUCGUUGUCCCGGUAUAUCACACAACUAUUCUUAUGCGCCUCGAUCCAACUAUUGGCGUGCCGAAGCGAACAAAAUUGAAUCUUUCCUGCUCGACUUGAACCAUCAUCGUUCAGCGCCAACAAAUGACUCUGUUCACGCUGAUGCCCAAAGCUUUUCGAAGGAAAUGAUCAGCUGGAUAAUGAAGAUGAAAAGCAUAAAGUAUUUCUAUUUCGUGGGCGAUCGGGAUGACGUCAAACAAUUUUUACAUGAAAAUCAAUGGACAGGCAUAAAGGAUGCAUGUUUUAACUUACAGAAAAUAUCGUUACAGGUGGUGGAAAGUAUAUUUGACGACAGACAAGUAUUGGUCCAACAAGCACAAGAAAUUCAGACGAGGUUAUGUAACGGACAAAAGACGAUCUUAUUUCGAGUCGGUUUUUCUUAG